UAAAGUUUUGCAUUCGUCAUGGCGUCGAAAGAAUUCUCUUGCGUCAUUUUCGUCUGUCUCUUUAGUUUGGGAAGUGCUACGUACUGUAGUGACUCGAGCGAUUGUGUGUUGAGUGAAACCUGUUGUUCAGAUAACGUCUGUAGAGACAAUUGUUACUACUGCACGUACAACUAUCAAUGUGGUACAGGCGAAGAAUGUUGUAAUCACGAAUGCACCUAUUCAUGUGUUUCGCAUGCUGGAUCCAUUGCAGGCGGUAUCAUUGGUACAAUAAUUUUCUUCGCCAUAAUCAUUUCCAUUGCAUCCUGCUGCUGCUGUGCUUGUUGCCCAUACUACCGCUAUCGUACAGCCGGCACUGUGGUCGUCACCCCACAGCUUUAUCAACCGUACGUAUCAAAUCAUACCCAUAUGAUAAUGACGCAGCAAAUACAAGCUCCUCCGCCGGUCAACUACAACCAGCCACUUCCAGGUUACCUACAGCCUCCUUCGGGACACAAUCAGCCUCCUCCGCCUUACCCAAGCUACCCUCCGCCUUCAACUCAGCAUCCCCCUCCUCAAGGAUAAGCUCAAGCCGGUGCGAUGCCUCCCGCUGUCGGCGCUGCUCAGCCGGUGAAACACUAACCGAUUGUACGAGACAACCAAGUACGCCUGCUUUUUUUACGAACGAAACAAGAAACUUAAUUCCUCUAAAAACCUCGGUUUCACUGAAGAGCAACACGCCUGUUGUUUAUUAGUACUAAGUUAAGCACUUCGAUAAUAAGUAGUAGAGUUUUUAGACUUUUGUCAGAUUUUUCAAAACUUGUGGCAUACCGCAAAUAAUUUAUGGUGAAUAUGGUUCAGCCCUGUUAUCUAAGCUUCCUAUUUGUGUAUUAUGCAAAUUUAUAUUGGCGUGUUGAAUUAAUGACGCAUUUUCCACAACCGUGAAAUGACGUUGGAUCACGGCUGGUAAUCACUGCUCGCCACUGCAGCACAACUCGUGGACACAGGACUGUCCUCGUUUCUUUGGCUUUUUUUUAGGCCUUGACUGCAUUGCAGUCUUUAUGAAAUUGAAAGCCGUAAUUCCAUUUUUAUUGAAUAUUUUCUAAACUUUUCAUGCGGUGGAAAACCAAGAAUUAAUUUAAAAGAGCAUAAGAUACAACAGUACAUAAAAUAUGGAUACUGAUGUGAGGGUGAAAGGAUUCGUAACCAACUGAUUUUCCUUCAGCCAUUCAUUAAAGCUAAAAUGAAACUGAAUUGUAUUUAUUUUGUACAGGUCUUAAAAAUUGAUGCGGUAUACUCACAACACUCAACAUAAGGUAGACCCUGGUGCAAAGAUACAAUGUAUGGCCUAACUUUUCUUAGAAUAUAAUCAUUAUUCAUAACAGGCUUCAUCAAUAACUUAUCUAUAACAAAUAAUUCAACAAGGCAGCUUGUAGAUUGCUGUCAGAGAUGUAACGCAAGUCUGUUAAGUAGUUACAUACAACACACUAAUAUUUCCUAAUUAGAAAAAAACAAAACAAAACAAAAAAAACAUGCAAAAAGAUUUCAUUGGAAUUCUCUUGAAUCGAGUCUACGAGCCGUCCUUCCUUUUUGGCAAAUUCAGUCACGCAGGUUAAAAAAAAAGUGAAAACAAAAAAUUAAUGUAUGUACACAAAGUGGAAAUCCUCCUGAGUUCUGACUAGUGUACUAAUAUCAAUUUUAUUUUUCAAUGUUUUCUCUGACUCAGACGACAGAUUUUUGCCAACAAGUAAGAACCGCUCAUGGUCUAUCUUAAGACCAGUUUUUAACAUGCUGUAAGGAUGUGUUGUUGUGUCAAACAAUGUUUACCAAUCAGGUUGUACUUUGUGUACAAUGUAUCACACCUGCAGUGCACUCUUAUCCAAUAUUUCUCUUAACAUUGCUAAACUGACCACCACAAACAGCAUAGCAUUUGUUUACCCAUAUUAUCACUCAUUAAAAACCAAGCUCUCACUAAUGUACAAUACUCAAAAUCUUGACAAGCCAUGAAAAAAUAUGUCCCCUCUUCUUGAGUCAUCAUUUAGAAUUGAAGAGGCUUCAUGUACCUUAGGCCACUCCUGCCACCAGUGAAUCAUCCUCAUUUGAUCUUUUGAUUUAAAGGAGAACCAUGAUACCACUGAAGUGAAGUUAAUAAUUAGGAUGUCUUAGCUAUUUUCAUUGAUAAUAUAUUUUAAAGCAUU